CUAUAUCUCUCUCCACUAACUUUCUUUUUCCAACAACUUAACCUCUCUAUAAGUCGUAGGUUUCAUGUUCUUUCAAUACUCAGCACACAACUUUCGAUUUUUCAUCAUUAUUUUAUAUAUUCAACUCCACGCAUCUAUUUUAGACAGACAAAGAGAGAAAGAGAAGCACAACUAGAGAGAGAGAAUAUUUAAAAGUUUAGGAAACUGAAAACAAGUCCUUUUGUAGCAAUAGCCAUAACCCCCACACCACCAAACCCACCCCACCCCACCCCACCCCCUGGCUCGGAAAUGAGAGGAGCUGACCCAUAAAAUAUCUGCAAAAUUUUCUUCUACUAUUUUUUAUUGUAUAGUUUUGUGAUUCUUGGGUUUAUGGAGUGUAGACAAAUGUGGGAUCUAAACGAUUCUCCAGAUCGACGAAGGGAUGAUAAAUCAGACGAAGGCUGCUCUUCUCCUAUAGAGCAAGAGGGCGAUGAUGAGAAUGGUAAACGGGUCGGAUCCAUUUCGAAUUCAAGUUCAUCGGCAGUAGCUAUUGAUGAUAUUUCGGAGGAGGAAGAUGGAGAAAAAGGCAAGAAAAAGAGAAAUAGUCCUAGCAACAAAAUAUUCGGGUUCUCCGUGAUGGGUCCCGGUAACGACGAUGAGGAACAACCGGUAACCCGUCAGUUUUUUCCGGUUGAUGAGUCUGAAACGGGUGCUCCUACCAAUGGACCCACGAAUUUUCCCAUGGCUCACUGGGUUGGAGUUAAAUUUUACCAAACUGAGCCACUUGGCAACACGGGAGCGAGUAAGCUAAUGGAUGUGGCUCAGCAACAGCAGCAGCAUCCUAUGAAGAAGAGCCGCCGUGGACCAAGGUCUAGGAGCUCACAGUACCGUGGGGUUACCUUUUACCGGAGAACUGGCCGGUGGGAGUCUCACAUAUGGGAUUGUGGAAAGCAAGUUUAUCUAGGUGGAUUUGAUACGGCACAUGCAGCAGCUCGGGCAUACGAUAGGGCAGCUAUCAAAUUCCGGGGAGUGGAAGCGGACAUAAACUUUAACUUAGAGGAUUAUGAGUCCGACUUGAAACAGAUGACCAAUUUAACAAAGGAAGAAUUUGUGCAUGUGCUUCGGAGGCAAAGUACUGGAUUUCCGAGGGGAAGCUCCAAGUAUAGAGGGGUAACUUUGCACAAAUGUGGUAGAUGGGAAGCUAGAAUGGGACAGUUCUUAGGCAAAAAAUACGUUUAUUUGGGCCUCUUUGAUACUGAGGUUGAAGCUGCCAGGGCUUAUGAUAAAGCUGCCAUCAAGUGUAAUGGGAAGGAAGCAGUUACUAACUUUGAUCCUAGCAUUUAUGAAAAUGAACUCAACUCUGCUGGUAAAUACCAUACUACAUUUAAUUGCUUUCUACGAGAAUGUAGUGAUAACGCAGCAGAUCACAAUCUUGACCUAAGUUUGGGUGGUUCAAGCUCAAAGCAAGGAAACCGAGAAACUGGGGAUAGUAAUACUAGGGUUCAAAAUCCUUCAUCUAUGCAAUUUGAUGUUGGUUGGCGGCAGCAAGGAUUAAGGCCUGAGAAGCAAACUGCUCCAGUUGAUAUGAAUGCUGGAAGAAGAGAGAAUGGGUACAAUGAAUCAGAAACGUUGCAGCUCUUGAGCCAGACACACCUACAUUCUCCAAUCUCGUUGAAACCUAAUAAUAAUAGUCAAGUGCAACGGUUUGGCCAAUUUAUGAGACCUGGUGAAUCCCAUAUGAUUCAAAUGUUUCCACAUCAGUUCAGCUCAUCAAAUUAUCAAGUUCAAUUUCCAAGCGGCAGCAAUGGAGGCAGAAUUGGAGCUACAAAUGUAGAAGAAAUUUCGCUCUCAACAAGCAAUAUUGCUUCUUCACAAUGGCAAUCCAGUUAUCCUCCUCAGAUAUUUGCAGCUGCUGCAGCAUCAUCAGGAUUCCCUCAGCAGACAGUAAGACCUCAUGAAAAUUGGUCCUCAGAAAAUGGCUUCCUCAUGAGACCCUCUAAUUAACCAUAUUCCACUUCUUCAUCAUCAUAUUUCUUUGCCAUUUUCACCUUGUGUUUGUAAAGAGUUAAGGGUUGAGAUUCUUAAUACAUAGUAUUACCCAAGGCUCUUGGUUGGGAAAAGAAAAAUAGAAACAAAAGUUUUUGGAAAUUCUAACUCUUUUGAAAAUAUAUGUCUCCUCCGCAUUUGUCCGAAACUAACUGAAGGAAAGAUUUUCAACUAGUCUUCUAUUAGAUUCUUCUGACUAUAAACUGCCAAUUUAAUUUGCUGCCCCCAUUCGCAGUCGUUCUUUUCACCAACCUCUCAUUGUAACUUGUUUAUACUAUUAUUUUUGUCUUCAUUCUUUUACUUGUAACAAAACCCCAACUACUUCAAAUUCCCAUUUGAGUAAUGAGAUGGAAUAAACAAAUUAACGUCUUUGGGUAA